AUGGCGAGUCAAGGAGCUGUCCCGUCCCCUGCCCAGGGCGUCGGUCCUACAUAUCGGGCUGAUGAAGAAAAGCCCACGGCCACCGUGUCUAAGGAAGUCUCUUUUGAGAAUGUCCAUGUGCUCCCCCAGACCCCUCAGCUGAUUGCUCUCUUGACAAUGAUCAGAGACAAGCGGACGGUUCGUGCCGACUUCAUUUUCUACUCCAAUCGUAUCAUCCGGCUCUUGGUUGAGGAAGGCCUGAAUCACCUCCCCGUUGUGGAACAAUCGGUCACGACCCCCGUCGGUCGGGACUACCUGGGUGUCAAGUUUGAGGGCAAGAUUUGCGGCGUGUCGAUCAUGCGCGCCGGAGAGGCCAUGGAGCAGGGUCUCCGAGAUUGUUGCCGAUCUGUCCGUAUUGGAAAGAUCCUGAUUCAACGAGAUGAGGAAACUUGCAUGCCUAAGCUCUUCUACGACAAGCUCCCUGCUGAUAUUGCUGACCGCUGGGUCCUCCUCCUGGACCCGAUGUUUGCGACCGGUGGAUCGGCGACUCUGGCCGUCGAGGUUCUGAUGCAGAGGGGAGUGCCCGAGCACCGCAUCCUGUUCUUGAACCUGAUCGCAAGCCCUUCAGGCGUUGCCGAGUUUGCGGAGAGAUUCCCCAAACUCCGAGUGGUCACUGCAUUCAUUGACCAAGGACUGGAUGACAAAAAGUACAUCAUCCCCGGUCUGGGUGACUUCGGUGACCGAUACUACACCCUCUAG